CCACCUGUUGUUAGCGAAUUGCUUUACAUCUGAGGCGUUUAAAGACUCCAUUUGUAUGGAGUGCAAGGAAUGCCCUCACACGAAACACAAUAGUGAGUUUCAGUGGGACUAAAUCAAGCUGCUCCCUUUAAUGGUGACAUCUUUUUCCAUUGGCUGUAAUUUUCCACCUUCACAUGGAGGGUCGGCCAUGAUCUUCCCUUCUCCACAAUGAAACUUUUCCAGGGGGGUUUAACGUUUUUUCAGUAUUCCAGGGUGUAAACAUGUUUUUCACUAUAAUGGCUCCUGAAGGUUUUGUGCUGAUUAAAAGAAUUACGCUUCAAUUGAGGAGUUAACAUUUAAAUGUCUUCUUUUUAAAGAGAAUCAUUUUCAUUGUCAUUUUCAUUGCCAUUUUAAUUGUAUUUCGACAUCACUUGAACACGGUGACACCCUUUGGAUAUCAACAUCUUACUGUCACAGUGUCUGGGUUGUUGUUCCCUGGGGUUCCACUAGAUGUCCUCCUUGCUCAUGGUGUCUGUCACCAGAUCACUUCCUCCUCCCUUAUUUGGUCACCUUCCUCCUUGUUGUGUAAUUGAUUGUCCCCCACCAUUCUCUUGUUCCCUCAUUAUCCUUCUGUCUAUUUAUACCCAGUCGGUCUUAGUCUGUGUUACGAUAGUCCUUGUUUAAUGUUGAGUAUUAUUCAUGUCCGUCAACUCUUGUCUUGCCUUGUCUUGCCUUGCCUUGUUUUGUGAUCGUAUCAUAUUUAUGUUGUUUGGAUUAUGUUUGGUUUUGACCUCGGCCUGGACUGUUUACCCCUUUGGAUUAUCCCUAAAUAAACGACUACCUGCAAUUGGUUCUAUCUCCGUGCCUCUUUGGAUCCUUGCCGUGACAGAAGGACUCCGUCAACACGAGAACCAGCGGUAUGUAGUUUUUCCGUUCCCCAGCCAAGAUGGCGGAGAGGCGAGUCAAGUAUCUGAGGUUGACCGCCCUCCGCCAAGAGGGCAAUGAAGUGGGUGCCCUGGCUCAGGUGUUCUUGUACCUGGCCGAAGGCAUGGGCUAUAACGAUGCGGCCCUUAAGGACUAUUUUAAUGAUGGGCUGGAUGAUCCUGUGUCUCAGGAUGAGAUGGCGCAAUUAGAGACACUGGAAUUCUGGGAAUUCGUGCACUACCUGCAGCAUCGGUGUCGGUGGGAUGCCCCAGCCACUCCUGUCUCUUCCGGCGGGGUGGUCGUCAGCCCAGCACCACUGCCCAGGAUGGCUAUCAGCCCAGCGCCACAGCCCAAGAUGGCCGCCAGCCCAGCACCACAGCCCAAGAUGGCCGCAAGCCCAGCGCCACAGCCCAAGACGGCCGCCAGCCUAGCGCCACAACACAAGAUGGCCGCCAGCCUAGCGCCACAGCACAAGAUGGCCGCCUGUCCAGAGUCAUGGCCCAAGAUGGCUGCCAGCCUAGCUCCACAAACCAAGAUAGCUGCCAGCCUAGCGCCACAGCACAAGAUGGCCGCCUGUCCAGAGUCAUGGCCCAAGAUGGCUGCCAGCCUAGCGCCACAACCCAAGAUUGCCGCCAGCCUAGCGCCACAGCACAAGAUGGCCGCCAGUCUAGCGCCACAGCACAAGAUGGCUGCCAGCCCAGCGCCACAGCCCAAGAUGGCCGCUAACCCAGCGCUACAGCCCAAGAUGGCCGUCAGCCUAGCGCCACAGCCCAAGAUGGCUGCGAGCCUAGCGCCACAGCACAAGAUGACUGUCAGUCCAGCGCCACGGUACAAGAUGGUGCCCGAUGCAGAGGCGGUGCCUGAUGCUGUUCCGGAUGCCGAGGCAGUGCCCGAUGCCGUGGCCGAGGUGGUGCCCGAGGUCGUUCCCGAUGCAGUGACCGAGGCGGUGCCCGAGGCUGUUCCGGACGCCGAGGUGGUGCCCAAUGCUGUUCCAGAGGCCGAGGCGGCGCCCGAUGCUGUACCGGAGGCCGAGGCGGUUCCGGAGGCCGAAGCGGUGCCCAAGGCCAUUCCCGAUGCGGUGCCCGAGACCGCUCCCGAGGCCGUUACCGAGGCGGUGCCUGAGGCCAUUCCUGAUGCAGUGUCCGAGGCCGCUCCCGAUGCCUUGACCGAGGCGGUGCCCGAGACCGUUCAAGAGACAGUGCCCAAAGCCAAGGCGCUUCAGGUCUUCACAGACACUCCCGAGUCUAGUCAGAUUCCCAUGGACUCUCCGGAGUCGAGUCAGGUUCCGGUGGACUCUCAGGAGUCGAGUCAGGUUCCGGUGGACUCUCAGGAGUCGAGUCAGGUUCCGGUGGACUCUCAGGAGUCGAGUCAGGUUCCGGUGGACUCUCAGGAGUCGAGUCAGGUUCCGUAGGACUCUCAGGAGU